AUGUUAACAAGUGAUUCUGAUGAUGAUAAUGGUGCGGAUUUCUUGAUUCAAGCCAACACACGUAAGCGCUUAAAACCGCACGAUGAUAACGAUGAUGUUUUUGAACGUGCUGAGGUUGUUACUGAAGGAAGACAAACUAGUUUGGAGACAAAAAAUAAUGUUGAUGCAAAUAGAAAGAAAUCUGGUCGUGGAAGAGGGAGUUCUGGUUCAAGCAGAGGCCGUGGUUCCAAAUCUAAUGAUCAGACCAGAACACAAAUUUCUUCUUCAACAGUUUCGGCUUCAAAUGGUCAGAAUGAGAAUGAUGGUAGACUCAAAGAUCCGUUUCGUAAUGAUAAUGGUGCUUCAUUAGAGGAGGAGAUUGCAUCUUUACGUGCAAAAGUUGUUGUGUUGGAGGAAGACUUACGUAAAGCAAAGCAAGAAGCCUCUCAGCAUCAGAAUAUUUGUCCACAGUUAGAAAAGGAACUGAAGGAAUUGAAAGAUCUUGAGGAGCAAAUGAAACCUAAGAGAACAAAAAUAAUAUCCGAUUUGCUGAUAUCAGUUUCAAAGGCUGAGAGACAAGAAGCAAGACUAAAAGUACGACAGGACUCAUUGAGACUCGGAAAUGUUGGUGUAAUCAGAGCUGGAACUGUCUUAUCUGAGACCUGGGAAGAUGGUCAGGCGUUAAAGGAUCUGAAUGCCCAGCUUAAACAACUACUCGAAACAAAGGAGGCAAUUGAGCGCCAGCGCAAGUUAUUCAAGAAAAAACAAUCUGGUACCACUCAGUUUCCUUUUUUCUGUUAA